AUGUCUCUCAUCCAAGAGACUGAAAACGAUGUCAAGGUUUGGGGUGCCUCUCAUUUCCGUCGUCGUGAGAUUAGCGACUGGGCUUCCAAUGGCAUGAAGGAGAUCAUCGACCAGGUCAUCCUCCCAGAGAACCGAGAAUGGUACUACAAGGUCAUGAACGAGCGAUCCAAGCGUGCUCAACAAGCAGCCGCAAGUCGCAAUAUCAAUAUCAAUGCCAGUGACAAGUUCAAACCCAAAGACACUGUCACCGGUUCUGUCCCUGUCACCCGCACUGAAAGCACCAAGUCUCGCCAUAUCAGCAGUCGCAAUUUCAAUGGCGGCAGCAAGCACUCCAGAGCCUCGAGCCUUGAAGAGUACCUCAACAAGCCCCUCCCACCUUUACCUCCACCGGAAUUCAAGUACAUGUUCGCAGAUGCCGACCGCAAAGACAGCGAGCCGCAAGUCAAAACAGAACAAGCUGCUGCACGCAAUUCCAGCCGGAUUGCUUCCGAUUCUUCAGUCUCCAGCAUUGGACUUGACAGCUCUGAACUCUCACAAUUCGCUUUUGCUACAGCUGGUGUCGACAUUUCGACCAGAGCAACAAGUCUUUGCAGCGAUCGUGCUUCGGCCAACGAGACCAGACUCUACGAGGCAUCAGCGAUUCUCAGUUCCCCGGAACCAGAGCCAAUGCAAUAUGAAUUCAACAAGACUCAUCAUGGCGAUCGAGUCAAAAAAGUCAUUCUUCAGCCAAAGUCUCAGAAGUCAAAGGCGCAGCUGCGAAAUGACCAAUACUAUGCCACCCCAGUUGCUGAGAAGAGAACCAUCACCGCACCAGCUGCAGCUGUCAAGGCUCCAAAUCCAGAACCUACCUUGCAGACAGUAUCAUCCGUUCCCAAGCGCAGUGCUCGAACUUCAUUCCUCACAAAAUCGACUGCAAUUGACACGAACAACGAUGGUUCACCAGACUACAACGUCAACUUCCUCUCCACCAAGAAACUCUGCGUCGAACAUCACCGCCACAGCCGCGAUGUACAAAGCAUGCGAGCAUCUUCGGUCUACAGCAGCAACAGCAGUGCCAGUGCCAUCACCAAAGCCGCUUCCGAGUCCGUCUACAGCGUCGACUCUGUUGCCACGGCCGAUUUCGUUCCACCUCGCCCUGCUCCGACCGGCUACCCUGGCCAAUUUGAAAGCUACGAGUCGGAUUUUUUGCAUUGUCGACAAGCAGGCAUCUCAUCCCCCCGCACCACAUUCACCUUCGGCGACCCGCUCCACCCAAACAACCAAUUCACACACACGAAUUUUUUGGCAGAUCCAACCUGGCCAUCGAAAAACUACACGAAGCAAGACCUGAAGCGCUUCCCCCUCCGCAAGGCCGCCCUCAAGCACGCCGACGGCGCGACAAUCGCGGCCGUGCGCCUCCUGAGUCGUACGGACUCGGAGGAGAACCUCCGGCGCGAGGUGCAGCGCGAGUGCGCCGCCGCGCGGCUCGAGGGCGUGGCCGCUGGCCAGUACCGCUACUACCAGGGUCAUAUGACCUUGGAGGAGUACAUGGCGGCCAAGGUCUGUGUUUGUUGGGACGCGUGCUGGUGUUCGAAGCUGUGCACCAUUUAUGGUGACAUUUUGUGUCCGUGCAACGAGUGGUUGGUGCUGGAGAAUCGUGAUUAG